GAAGAAGGCGCUCGAUGACGUAUUUUGUCUGCGACAGGAACACCGUGUAGAAAGUAGCAGUUACAAGCUACUUAGCUGAAUUUUGCAGCAGGUACGAAAUUAAAUCGAUAAUGCAAGACAUACCAACGGCUCCGUAACAAUGUGACAGCUACCCAUGUCUACGUGGUGUUGAGGAGCAGUACAUGUCCCGGCUGUUUAUGGUGGAGGAGGGCAGGCGGAGGGUUGGAACUUUGUGGUCGGCUGUCGGUCAGCGGGAUGGAAACCUGGACCCCCAAUCCCCGAGCCAAGCCUUUCAUCCCCCGACAACAAAGAAGCUUGUAUCUCACCUGGAAAUACAAGCUAACCAAUAAGAGGACGAUUCGUCGGUUCUGUCAGGCUGGUGCUGUGCUGUUUCUGCUCAUAACUGUCAUAGUCAACAUUAAGCUCAUCUUGGACACUAGAAGAGCAGCUAAUGAAGAUGCAGCAGCUCAAGAAUAUGAGGAUGCGAUUCCCAACAUGGAGACGCCACGCAGGCCGGCCAAUGGACGCAAGGUCUUGGACAUUGAGGUGUACUCCAGUCGCUCCAAAGUCUACGUGGCAGUCGAUGGCACCACUGUGCUGGAGGAUGACAUGCGAGAGCAAGGCAGAGGCAUCCAUGUGAUAGUUCUCAACCAGGCAACUGGUCAUGUGAUGGCAAAGAGGAUAUUUGACACCUACUCGCCCCAUGAGGAUGAAGCCAUGAUCCUCUUCCUCAACAUGGUGACCCGGGGUCGUAUCCUAAUUUUCACCAUUAAGGAUGAGGGCACAUUCCACCUGAAGGAUGCUGCUAAGAACUUGCUAAAGAGUCUGGGUAGCCAGGUGUCCCUCAACCUCAGCUGGAGAGACAUGUGGACUCUGGUGGUGAAGAAAGGAGGUCAGGUAUAUGGAGAGAAGCACUCCAAGUCUCCAGCUUUGUCCACCUGGGGAGACCCUGUGUUGUUGAAGACUGAGGUGCAGCUUACUGCCUCUGAAGAGGCAGAAUGCCAUUGGGCAGACACCGAGCUGAACAGGAGGAGGAAACUCUUCUGUAGCAAAGUGGAAGGAUACGGCAGUAUCUGUAGUUGCAAAGACCCGGCACCCAUUGAGUUCAACCCUGACCCUCUCCCCAACAAUAAAGUCUUCAAUGUCCCAGUCGCUGUCAUUGCAGGAAACAGACCCAACUAUCUCUACCGGAUGCUGAGGUCACUUCUUUCAGCUCAUGGCGUGAACCCCCUGAUGAUCACUGUCUUUAUUGAUGGAUAUUAUGAGGAGCCAAUGGAUGUUGUAGAGCUGUUCGGACUUAAGGGAGUUCAGCACACACCAAUCAGCAUCAAGAAUGCCAGGGUGUCCCAGCACUACAAGGCGAGUCUGACUGCAACCUUCAACCUUCACCCAGAUGCCAAUUCUGCGAUCGUACUUGAAGAAGACCUGGACAUUUCCAUUGACUUCUUCAGCUUUCUGAGUCAGACUAUCUACCUUUUGGAUGAGGAUGACAGUCUGUACUGUAUCUCAGCCUGGAAUGAUCAGGGCUAUGAGCACACAGCAGAUGAUCCAGCACUGCUCUACAGAGUUGAGAGUAUGCCUGGUCUAGGUUGGGUGCUGAAGAAGAGCCUCUACAAAGAUGAACUAGAACCAAAGUGGCCAACACCUGAAAAGCUGUGGGACUGGGACAUGUGGAUGCGAAUGCCGGAACAGAGGAAAGGCAGAGAGUGCAUCAUCCCUGAUGUGUCCCGCUCUUACCACUUUGGCAUCAUCGGCCUCAAUAUGAACGGCUAUUUCCAUGAGGUGUAUUUCAAGAAACAUAAGUUCAACACUGUUCCCAAUGUGCAGCUAAAGAAUGUUGACAGCUUGAAGAAAGAUGCUUAUGAAGCAGAGAUCCAAAACCUGCUCAAAGAGGCAGAGGUGCUGGACCACACUAAAAACCCAUGUGAGGAUUCGUUCCUGCCAGACUACGAGGGGAGGAUCUACGUUAUGUUCAUUAAGAUGGAAACUGAGACAGACACGUCCACUUGGACAGAGCUUGCCAAGUGCCUGCACGUUUGGGACCUGGAUGUACGGGGAUAUCACAGAGGCCUGUGGCGGCUCUUUAGAAAAAGAAAUCAUGUCUUGGUUGUGGCUGUGCCAAUCUCCCCAUACUCUGUGAAGAAACCAGCCAGUGUCACUCCAAUUCACUUAGAGCCUCCUCCCAAAGAAGAGGGAGCACCAGUGGAACAAAUCUAGACCUGGUGUUUUAUUUACAGCCACAAGCAUUUCAACCAGCCCAGGCCUUAACAUGUUGUGUAUUCUCGACAACUACUACUAAUAAUCCGGCAUGGGGCUAACAGCUAAAGUCUGACUUUUCCUAGAAAUUGAACUUGUGUACCAGAGAAUAGCCUGGAAAUGGAGUCCCUUUUUCCCCUCCUUUUUUUUUUUUUUUUUUUUUUUGCAAUAAGUAGCUGUGCUAAAUCCGUCCAACAGGUUGAAGAGUUGCGGUGAUGCAAAGACCACUUUUGGUUAAUGGUGACUUUACAACCAAAACGGUUUGGUGAUCUGUCAACAACUGUUCUUUUCAUUCCUGUGAUAACUGUGGGUUGAUCCAUGGCAUACUUUGAUUUCAAGUUUUUUGACUGAAAAUGGUACAACUGACACACUCAACAUAAUUUAGGCACUUUUAUUCAUAGUUUUUGUAUUUUUUCCACUACUGAAUGUGCUAUCCAACUUGUACAUAUCUUUUAACUUAUCUAUAUUUAUUUUACAUCCGUUAGUCAAGUUUUUGUGGUUUGUUUGGUUUUUUCAAAAUCCACUUUUAUCAAGGUUAGUGCUUUUUUAAGAGCCUAAUGUUUACAGAUAAUGAAAUAAUAUUGUACAUGCAUGUCUAUUUUUAACGACAAUUUAAAGGGUCGGCAUAUUUUUCAAAGUCGGAUUCAGACUGAAGAAGCCCUGUGGGUUUUUACUGUUAUUGACUGCUUAGGUCAGUUGCCUCACAUUAGGUUUAAUGAGGGAAUGUAAAUGGUGGCUGAGAGACAGAAAGCUGAGAAAUUUUUACAGUUUUAACAUGAUACAUUAUAGAAAUGGUAGCUUAGUAACACAUAAUGUGUAUUCUGAUAACAGUGAUGCUUUCCCAUGAUAGGUGCAAACAAAACAAAAAAAACAACAAAGAGCUUCUGGAUGGACAUUUCAUUAGAGCUGAGCGUUGUGCUUGGACACAAUGUCAAUAGCACAGAAAGCUUAAUUUUAUUGAUUUUUUUGUUAUCAAGAGGAGAAGUAAUGUAACCUUUUCUGUGCUUUUUGGUUAUAUUUAGGUAAAGUUCUCAGACAGUCUUGCAUCUGUCCGUUAACAAAAGCCUGGGGCACUCAAUUUCAUCAGAGAUUGUAAAGAAAAUGAAAGAUGAUCAUCAUGGUCAAAGGUCUUGCUGGUCUCUCUGAUACAACUGGAUGAAGAUAGAUGAACUGAGAAGCAUGAUGCAUGCAAGCAUCCUUUGACCUUUUUAUCAUGUGCCAGUAUAGUGACAACAUAAGAAUUCAACUCUGGACAGUUGACUCUGUAAACUGUGCUCAUUACACAACUAGGGACAUUUGAAACCUAGACCUGAACUUACACAACUGAAGAAUAGUGCAAAACUCAAAACUCUUUUUCUGUGUUGCUCAAUUAUUUGCUUUUUUAAUUUUAAAAAGUGUGGUUUUAUUUUAAAUAGUGAGUAUUUUUCUGGAGGCCUUGCAAGCUGAAUGCUGCUGGCAGGUUUUGCUGCACGCAUAUGUUAAUGCUGUGUAUUAUUUUUAAGAAUUAACUUGAUUUCUUGGUGGUGCCUGUCAGUUUUGGUGUCUCUCAACCAUCGCUGAAGCCAGAGGCUCCCUAAUUUCCAUCCCCAGUACGUAGAGAUAUCAGUUAGGAAAAUAUGUAUAAGCAGAAUAUAAAAAUCCUGAUCUCAGUGCUGCUGAGUUACUACUUACCAGAAUUACACUUCUGUGUUUUAUGACUUGAAACAAGUGCUGUGAUCAAAUAUUAUCAGCUUGAACUCAUGUUUGUUCCACAUUUUCUUUUGUUUUAUUCUUUCAUUGUACUGUCCUCCAUGUCAGAGUGGUGAAAAGGUUGAUAGGUUUGUUCUAAAAUAUUGUUGCACAGAUUUAGUGUCCUAAACUGAAAAUGAAAAUUUGCUCAGAACCUGAGCAUUUUUCAAAAUGCAAAUUGUUCUCUCAUAAUCAUGUGAUACAAAAUACUUCCUCUGGUAAAAGCAAUGUAUACGAUGUUUAUCAGAAAGUGAUAGGUAAGCAUAAUCAGUUUUAAACCAUGAUUCAACUUUUUUCUUUUAGACUUUAGCAUUCAAGAUCAGUAUGUUAACUGUUAACACAUACAGAGCUGAACAAUUUAUUACAACUUAUUAACUGUGUUUGCAUCUGUCAACAGCUAUAACUCCUUAUAAAACAUCUGAUUAUUGUUUAACAGGUUUUGAAUAUUUGAACAUAUUCUAACCUAACUGUACUCAUAUAUACUGCUUGCACCUACAUUCAGCUAGUAAGAGUGUUGCUGUUCAUAUAUAUGUUAGCAAGCAUUUGUGAUUUGUUACUACGAAUAAUGGCUGCUUCAUACAAAACGGUAUAGUUGAUUACAAAUAAGUAUUUCUGAACUGUGUGUUUAUAUCAGAUUAAAAAUACACUAUAUUGACUCAUAAAUGAUUUAGAAAUCAUUAAUAUACUGAUUAUCAAUCCUAAAUAAGAUAGAUUCAUGGAUAGAUUCAUAUAAAGUGUUACCAAAGUCUGAAUAAAAUCUUUUUAGCAUCAAUUUCAGUUGAUUUCUAACCACUUCAAACUAAAAGUGUUUUUAUGUGAGAAGACACUGAGGUCAGUUUGUUUUCAUAUCAGACAACACUGGUGUGUGUGCUGUUUGUGUGUGUGUCACAUAAUAAUGCCGCUCAAUUGGUACCUGCAGUCUUUUCAUUUUAAAGUAUGUGUUUGUAUAAUGAAACCACCACAUCUGAUUAUAUAUCUCUAGUCAGGCAAUGCAAUCAGACAGAAACUCAUACACAGCAGUAUUGCUUCAUGUGUUAUGACUGAAUUCAGUUUCAUUAGUGUACCACGGGACUGAAAAAUGACCAAGGAAAAUCUACCAACUCUUCAACCUACACUUUAUUUAUAUUUUUUUUGGUCAUUUACUUCAUAGUGGCACACUUACUUCUAUGAAUUACGAAGAAAAAGAUGAACUGAAAUUAUCAUUUGCUCAGAAAAUCAGUUUGCUUUGUCCAAAGCUGUGAUAUAAAUUGGAAAAAUGGAACGUACCUUGUAUGUGUGACAGUAAGGAUUUUUAGACAUAUUCUAAGUUUCGUAUAUGAUUUGACAGGAAUAAGUUUCUUUUUCUUGGAAAUGAAUAAAGAUAUUUUUUACAGA